AUGCUAUACUUUGUACUGGUGAAGCCCGUGAUCGGCGCUCUGAGUUUUCUGUCGGUGCUGCUGGUCGUUGCACCCGCCGCGGCGUUCAUCACGUCGCUGACGUCGCACCACCCUGACGGAUACUACGACUCGAUUGAGAUCUAUGGCGUGGGGUCCACAUCGAUGAGCCGCAGCCCAGGGCUGUCCCUGGUGAGCGCAAUUUGCGUGACGCUGGUGGGCGUCGCGCUCAUGCAGCUCGUGGCCAAGAUCUCGAUCGGGGCCACACGGUUCUUCUGCUGCGAGAAGUUCGCCAUGACGACCAGAUCUGCGCCGUACGCAUUCAACGGCAUGACUUCGUAUGGAGCUACUUCAAGGAGGAGGUAA